CUGCCACCAACACUAGGUAUCUGCAUUGGCCCUAGCUUUGUGUGGCUGAGCCUUGAAAAGCCCCAAGCAUGGAGCUACGACCACUACUUUUGGUAACUUGUUGCAGGACUGCCACAUCAUCUGAGUGAACACAUAUUUCCUCAUGUCUCAUAUGAACCUUACAAGCUGCAAACACUGCUGUUGCUCCUUAUUUUUUUCUCUCCUACCACUCUGUCACCCUUGCCAUUCCCUCCAAUAGUGGUGUAGGUUGCUAUUAGAUCCCCCUUCACCAAACUGAACAACUCCAGUUCCUACUACACCCAAGCUGCUAUAUAUAGCCAAAGAGAAGGCUGAUCAGUACAGAACUGGAUCCAUAUACAGUUCUCCAAGUAAGACUGGGAGAUUCAGACUCCUGGAAAGGAGAUAACUGAACUUUCACAUUGCCAUUAACUAUAUGGAACAAACUGAUGACAACUUCUUCAUGGUCAGGGGUUGUAUAGCCUGGAGAUAAGAAUGCUCUGGAGAGACCUUACCGUGGCCGUUCAGUAUUUAAAAAGGGCUUAUAAGAAGGAUGGAGAAAGGCUUUUCACCAGGGCUCAUAGGGACAAGACAAGGGACAAUGGUUUUAAAUUGAAAGAGCGUAGAUUUAUAUUGGAUGUAAGGAGGACAUUUUUCAUAAUGAGAGUGGUGAGGCACUGGAACAGAUUGCCCAAGAAAGUUGUGGAUGACCCAUCCCUGGAAGAGUUCAAGGCCAGGUUGAAUGGGGCCCUGGGCGGCCUCAUCUAGUGAGAGAUGUCCUUGCCCAUGGCAGGGGAUUAGAGGAGAUGAUCUUUGAAGUCCCUUCUAAACCAAACCAUUCUAUGGUCUUUAUCAUCACUUCAUGCCAGUUUAAGGCUUUCAAAUGCAUAAAAACACAACAUUUCAAUCUGUAGGUUUCUAUCCUCAGAGAAAGUUGAUGGCUUAUGACACAGAAGGCUUCGCAUUACAAUGAGCAAGUUAUGAAAUAUAAAAGAAGGAAGGUGAUCUGGAUACCCACCAUUUUGGUACACUGUGUUAUUCAUGCAAACACACCUGUGCACACAAGUAUGCCUUCAUUUGUUAUGUGCAAACAGUUUUUAUAAUAGCCAAGGCAGUAAACAAUGAAACUUGCCUCAAUUUAGUCGUGCAUUGGCUAAUCCUGCAAGUUCUGUGUCAAAAGUGGAUGUUGGGAAGGUAUUCAGCAGGCUGGGAGUACAUAAAUCAGUCUGAGUCGUGUUCCCAAGCAAAAGGUUCAAAUGGGAGAGAGCAGGAACAUAUUUGAGAAAACCAGAGGCAUACUGAACCCAGCUUCAUUGACAGAAUGAAGACGGGAAAAAAUGAGCAUACAGCCUGCAGACACGCGUGAUCUGCCCUGGGACCUUCAGGAGCUGGAGGAGGCUCCUUCGGCACUGUGAUUCAUGAAGAUGCCCAUUUGAGCCACUAACCUGGCUGGGGAGAGGAGGGAGCUCCACCUGCGCCCCGUCAGCAUCAGCAGGUGUAGGCAGAGCUGAGGUGACUCCGAGUUAUUCCCAGUUUCAGAAACAGAAGUGGAGUCCAGGGCAGAAGCACUCCAGCAGCCUGGGGCAGCCACAGUUGCAAAGGCACGCUUGUCAUUCACUUCACAACCCCUCCAGAGAAGGAUCUGCAAAGGAGCUGGCAAAUUUACUCAGUCCUGCGUACAUGGUGAGGGCUUACCAGGCUGCAUCCCUUCCAUGAUGUGCACAAGCCCUUACUUGCAAGGAUGACAGGAGCUCUGACUCAACACCAGGGUCUUAACCCAUGUUCAUCUUGCCUCCUGCAUGUCUCGCUUGUACCGCAUCAUCCCUGGCAGCGGAAAGGAGAGACUGAGUAAGAGCUGGGCAGAGAAGGAACCUUCAGAAGGAACAGUGCAAGAUUUAAUAUUAGCUUUUGAUGUCAAAACAAAGGCAAACGAUGUUUUGGAAGACCACAGCAACAUCUUCACAGUGAUCGCUCAAGUGCAGUUGGGUUACUCAGAGGAAUAAUUUGGUUGGUAGAAGGGAAAGGACUGGGUUUUGUUUUUUUUUUUUUUUUGCAGACUGUGCCUUCUCCUUUUUAAUGCCAGGCCUGAAAGAUUUUCACUCUGUGUCAUGGCACUCCAGCUGUAGUGUAGGCUUCUUUAAAUAGAAAGAACCAGAGUCAGUGAAGAGCAACAGGGCUGGUCUUUAUUGCAAAGCCUCACAGACACCAAUGAAAGAUUUUACAAGUGCUGGCAGUCACAUGUAGAUCCCAUAAAUCACCUCAGUGUGGGCAGUCAUCCAGACCUUCACAGGGUCAUGACGUUUUCCCCACUUGCUAUUUUCAGAUGGAGGGACUGGAUGGAAGGAGAUGUCAAGACAAUGGGUGACUUCUCUUAGCUACUCCACCACGCAAAUCACCCCCACAUUCAACCAGCAGACUCCAAAGAAUGUGGAGAAAGCCUGCUGGGAAUCUGGGGAUCUACACCACUCUUGAGGAUAGCUUUUCUGACAGAGAGUAAGUAGGUCAAUGCCAUGAGGUGAGAUGGAAGUGGGGCCCGCGGUGCCGAUGGAGUAGAUGGAGGAGAGUGGGCAGGCAGCAGAGCUGCUCAUGGGAGAGACAAGACUCGUUGACGAUGGUGUUCCUACAAGCUGGCAGCAAAGGUUUGCAAGCGUGUAUGCAACGAGAGGAGCCAACCGGAUAGGGCGUGUGUACAAAAAGGCUAUUUUUAGGCAAUACACAGAUGACACAUACUCCCAGGAAAUCCCCAAGGCAGCCUGGCUGGGGUUCCUUGGGCCAGUCCUGAAGGCAGAAGAAGAGGAUGUCUUUAUCAUCCAUUUAAAAAACUUUGCUUCCCGUCCAUACUCAGUGCAUCCACAUGGGGUCUUCUACGACAAGGACUCUGAAGGAGCACUUUACCCCGAUGGAACUGGUGGUAAAAGCAAAGAGGAUGAUUUUGUUGUUCCUGGUGGAAAUUACACCUACACAUGGCCAGUAAGGAAAAGUUAUUCCCCAACUUUGGCAGACUCAAACUGCUUGACUUGGAUUUACCAUUCUCACAUUGACACCCCAAGAGAUAUUGCAUCUGGUUUAAUUGGGCCACUGCUGGUUUGUAAAAAAGGAACUGCAGAUGAGACCUCAAUAGAAAGGACUGGUGCUGCUAAUGCUUUUGCCCUGAUGUUUAGCAUUGUAGAUGAAAAUGUCAGCUGGUACCUCGAUGAGAAUAUAAAUACCUUCUGCUUAGAACCAGCCACAGUUAACAAGGAGGAUGAAGGUUUCCAGACCAGCAACCGAAUGCACGCUAUUAAUGGUUAUAUUUAUGGAAAUCUCCCUGGCUUGGAGAUGUGUGCUGACACUCCCAUGUCCUGGCACUUGUUUGGCAUGGGAAGCGAAAUAGAUAUCCACGCUGCGUAUUUCUAUGGCCACACAUUCACUAACAGAGACCAGAGGGCAGAUGUCGUCGGUCUGUUCGCAGCAACGUUCAUCACAGCAGAGAUGACUCCGGGGAACCCUGGGAGGUGGCUGAUAACAUGCCAAGUUAACGAGCAUUUACGAGGUGGCAUGGAGGCACUGUAUGAUGUACAGAUCUGCCAAAAAAACCUGUCUCGACCUUCACCACUCAGUCACAAAAGAAGAUACUAUAUUGCUGCUGAAGAAGUGCUGUGGAAUUAUGGACCUGACGGUUAUGAUAAAUUCACUGGGCAGGGCUUAAAUGCCACGGGCAGUGAAUCUGCAAUAUAUUUUACACAAGGGAUUGACAGAAUAGGAGGGCUAUACUGGAAGGUUCGCUAUGUGGAAUAUACCGACGCGACGUUCAGUAAGAGGAAGAUUCAGCCAGAGAACAUGAAACACCUGGGAAUACUUGGCCCUGUUAUAAAAGCUGAAGUGGGAGAUACAGUGCUAGUUACUUUUGCCAACAAAGCCAGAAGGAGCUACAGCAUUAUGGCCCAUGGUGUAAGCUUCAGCAAACUGUCAGAAGGUGCACCCUACUUGGAUGGAUAUAUGAAGCCAGGAGCCCACGUUAAGCCAGGUGAAACCUUCACAUACAAAUGGAGAGUGCCUGAAAAUGGAGGUCCGAGUGAGAGUGACCCACCGUGCCUCACCUACCUGUACUACUCAGCCACUGAUGCUGUCAAGGACACCAACUCUGGCCUGGUGGGGCCUUUGCUGGUCUGCCGGAAGAAUGCACUGAAUGAGGAUGGGACACAGAAAGGAAUAGACAGAGAAUUCUAUCUCCUCUUUUCAAUCUUCGAUGAAAAUGACAGCUGGUAUCUGAACAAGAAUAUUGAAGCUUUUACUGGAGACCCUUCAAAAGUGGAUGAAAAUGAUGCAGAUUUCAAGGAAUCCAACAAAAUGCAUGCUGUCAAUGGUUACUUGUUUGGUAACCUGCCAGGCUUGGCCAUGUGCAAGGAUGACAAGGUCUCCUGGCACCUCAUCGGACUGGGAAGUCACUAUGACAUGCACGGAGUUCAAUUUCAAGGAAACAACAUCGACCUAAGAGGGACAACGAGGGAUGGCCUGGCCUUGUUUCCUCAUUUAUCAGGGACAGCACUGAUGCAGCCAGACCGUGUGGGCACAUUCAAAGUGGUUUGCAGGACUUUCGAUCACUUUGUGGGAGGGAUGAAGCACCUCUACGAGGUCAGCAGCUGCCGCAAUGCCAGCCGAGCCCAGCAGCAGCACGGUGCCGUCAGGCUCUACUACAUCGCUGCGGAGGAGGUGGAGUGGGACUAUGCCUCAAAUAAGAGCUCAGCACCAAAGAUUUACAACGUCAGCAGCAAUGAGGAAAGCUACGGGCACAUUUUUCUCAGCCAAGGGGAAGACCUAAUUGGUACAAAAUACAAGAAAGUGGUUUACAGGGAGUAUACAAAUGGCAACUUUACUGAGCGCAAAGAGAGGACAGAAGAGGAGGAACACUUGGAAAUCCUGGGGCCAUUGCUUCAUGCCGAGGUGGGUGACUCCGUGCUGAUCGUGUUUAAGAACAAAGCCAGCAGGCCUUAUUCAGUGAGCGCACAUGGGGUAGAAGAAGUGGGUUGUGAGGAACAAACUGAGGCACCAAUCACCCUCCCAGGGGAAAUAAACACCUACAGAUGGAAUGUCCCCGAGCGAUCUGGCCCUGGGAAAACAGAUCCCAACUGUAUCACUUGGGUUUACUAUUCAACAGCAAAUUUUGUGAAGGACACAUACAGUGGUCUGAUUGGCCCUCUUGUGGUUUGCAGAAAAGGAAUUCUAGAUAAAAAUGGCCUGAGAAAAGACAUUGAUCGUGAAUUUACUCUUCUGUUUAUGGUGUUCGAUGAAAACAAAUCCUGGUAUUUGAAGGAGAAUAUCGAAACAUACCUUCACAAGAGUCCUGAUGAUUUUAAUUUCACUAAGAACUUCGUAGAAGGCAACAGCAAGCAUGCAAUCAAUGGGAAGAUUUAUAACAGUCUCCUGGGUCUAACCAUGAAUGAAGGUGAUACGACAAACUGGUAUUUGAUAGGAAUGGGUAAUGAAGUAGAUGUACACACAGUCCAUUUCCAUGCACAGACCUUCAUCUUCAAGACAGAUAAAGGCCACAGAGGAGAUGUAUUUGACCUUUUUCCUGGGACUUUCCAAACUGUUGAACUUGUAGCAGAAAACCCUGGAACGUGGCUUCUGCACUGCCACGUAGCUGACCACAUACAUGCUGGCAUGGAAACGACCUACACCAUCAAUAAAUCAGAGCUGGAAGCCCCUUCAGGAGGAGGACUGACGACCGCAGCUUAUGGUACAACGACUGCACAAAACAGGACCACCACAAAGGAUCCUGACAGCCAAGGGGACAACGUCUUUGGCAAAGCUCUGAAUCCCAGAGAAGCCAGCCUGAUGCUCGCAGCCUUUGUUUCCGUCGGACUCAUUCUGCUGUUGACCACACUGGCCUUCCUCUCCCUCAUCACCCACCAAGGAAGCAGGAUCCAAUAUCAGGCUCUGCGUGACAAAAGUGCACUUCUAGCAGAUUCCCUGUAAAUCCCCACUUUCAGCACCAUCCACAGAGCUGUGCCGGGCUUCACAAAAUGCUGCUGCUACAAAUAGAGCAAGACACAUCUGGCAGCCCCAUCCCAUUGCCAGCCCUCCUGAAAGCUGCAGGAAAGGGCUCCAGGAGCCACGUAUCACCCACUGCCAUUCCCACCCCACCGCCACUCAGCUGUGCCCGAGGCACCACACCUCUUGGCCAACGUUCCCAUGGGAGGAUGGAGCGGGCAGGAUUGCACCCAUGUGCUCUGUGCAGAACCACGGGGCGCACACUGCUUUAGCAUCCAGCUCCUCAAGGCACAGGUGUAAGUCUGGAAGUCCCUGAGGUUUCCCAAAGGGAAGCCAGUCUUACACCAGAGUCUGCAUCAAUGAAUUCCCCGGCACUUAACUGAUUUUCCCUCUGUUUUGUUCCCUUCGCCCUGUUAAAUGAGGAAGCUGUGCACUGGGACAGAUUUUUAAAGGCAUUUAAGUACCUACCAAUAUACUUCGGCACCUGAUGGAGCUCAGCAUCUGCAACAGAUUUGUCAGUCCCUUUAAAAAUCUCGCCCUGAGCAGCCUCAAUGAAGUUAUACUUUGUGAUUGCUGCUCGUUGUGGUCCUGAUUCUGUAACUCUUCUCUGCACCGAGCAGUGCUUCAUUCCCAAACUUCAAUUGGGUUGCUGAUGUCUGUGCUCUGCAGGAAAGACAAACAGAAUCAGGCCGUGUUUAAUACUACUUGAAUGUUUAUAGCUCAUGUCUAAUUACAUAGCACUCACUCUUGCCAGCCAGCUGCUCAUGUCAGCUACAGCUCUUGCAGAGGAACUCCAGAACAAGCACAUCUGUGAAUCUGUUGAUCCAAAGCUGAUUUUGAAUGUAAAUCCACUUCGCCGUCCUCUUCUAUUUUUUCCCCAGUUCUGUAGUUUGAAUGUUGUUCAAAUGCAGGGAAUUGUGCUGCCCAUCCCUUGUACUGCAGCUUAGCCAUGUCCUGGGUCAGUGCCCGGGUAUUUGAAAUGUAGAAGUUUCCUGGGUGCUUAUCAGUUGAUUCUUGAUCCCUUGUUUUCUCCAGUUAUUUAAGAGCAUGCAUGUGAGGUAGAACUGCAGGACUGAGCCCAAUCAGGAGUUAUGCUAUAGCAAUAAACACUUCCACACUCAUUUUCUAAAUCCCUUCCUUGAGCUGAUAAAAACAGAUACCCCAUACCCUGUUAUCUUUCUACUUUGUAAACAUAAGAUUGAGGUCUCCUGUUCUGUCCAAAAGCACUGUGCAGAACAUUUGCUCUCUGUCUACAUGCAAAACUAAAGCCUUUCACUUAAACAUUCACAGUUAAUAAAGGAAAUGAUUUGAUACUUUUCCUUUUAAAGUAGCUAACGGGUCUGACAUUUUAGAAAAAGAAUCGUAAAUAUAUUUUUCUCCAUAGUAGCCAGCCAAAAUGAUGACAAGGCUAAUAAAGAUCUGGUUAUUUGUACAAA